AUGGAUGAAGGGAGCUCCACCAUCGAAACUUUAGUUAUUGUUACUUCAAUUGCAUUACCACCACCACCAACUUCACCACCACAAACAUCUAUUAUUCCACCUACAUCUACUACAACAGUUUCUCCUACAUUUGUUGUUGUAAUGCAAGAAUCGAUUGUUGCCUUAUUCUCAUCUCAAUCCAUUGAGUCUGAGAAGACCAUUCCGGAAGAUGAAGUAGAUGUUGAUUAUGUUAUGGUUUCGUUUGCUGAUUUGCAGUUCAACCCUAAAGAAUAUGAUAUACUUGAUGAGUUAAUCAUGUCGAGUAAAAAAUUCAAGAUCCUUAAUUCUAAAAUGAUCUAUAUUCUUUAA